UCUCUCACAAUCUCAAAAAAUUCAAACUGUAAACUAAAAACUAUUCAGGCGCUAAAACCAACCCAUCCAUCCAUCCAACCCAGAUUUCAAACCGCAUUCACUUUCAAGUUUCAACACAUCCAACCUCUUUGACUUUCUUUCAUCCCAUCAAAACCGACCCAUUCUUGCAUUUUUCACCAUUAAAAUUUUUGACCCAUUUCAAAUCUUGACCCGGAUUAUUCUAAAAUGGGCUGUGUUUCAUCACAUCUUUUAAACCAAGAUGAUGAUUUUAUGCCAAUCCGUCAACACAUUGUUUCUUUAACUUCCACAACUUAUGGCCUUUUGACCCUUGACCCAUCAUCUUCCCCAACUACCGUACCACCGACCCCAUUAAGAACCGAACCAAGAUCCGACCCGAAACCCGAAAUCAUCAAUUCAUGGGAACUUAUGGAUGGGCUUGAUUCAACACCUGAAAGUUUUAGAUUUUGCCCACAACCGUCAAAGCCAUCUCCUUUUAGAUAUGCACUUGUUGAAAAUAAUCAAGAAAAUUCAAACCCUAAUCAUAAAAAUCAAAACUUGAUUGAGACCCAUGUUUCAAAACCUGAUUUCCUUGAUGGGUUUGAUAGGAUUUGUCCUAAAAAGGGGGAAAAUAAGGUGGUGAUAUAUACAACUUCAUUAAGAGGGGUUAGAAAGACUUUCGAGGCUUGUAAUGCAGUUAGGGCAGUUCUUGAGGGGUUUGGAGUGUUUUAUUGUGAACGAGAUAUAUCGAUGGACCGCGGUUUUAGGGACGAGCUUUGGGAGUUAAUGAAAGGGAAAGAUAAGUUAGAAUUAGUCCCACCUAGGGUUUUUGUGAAAGGAAGGUACAUUGGUGGAUCUGAUGAGGUUUUGAGGAUAGUUGAAGAUGGUUAUUUGGGUCAUUUACUUGAAGGUUUGCCUAAAUCAAAAGCAGGGUAUGUGUGUGAUGUUUGUGGUGGUGCAAGGUUCUUGCCAUGUAUUGGUUGUAAUGGAAGUUGUAAAAAGAUGUACACUGUGAAGGACGGAAUCGAUGGAGAACAAUGUGGGAAAACGGUGACUGUGAAAUGUAGCGAUUGUAAUGAGAAUGGACUCGUUCGUUGCCCUGUUUGUAGUUGAUCGUUCUUCGGUUUCUGGUUUGUGUUUUCUUGAAAAAUCUUUUGUUCUUAGGAUGAUGGCAAUCUAUAAAUAAACAUAUGUGAACCAAUAGGUAGUAUCUGGUAUGCUUCUUGUAGCGCUGCCUUUUAAUUUGCAGCAUUUCUUGAUAGAUUUUAGACUUUAGGGCUUAAUCUAGCAUAUGCAUUUGUAAGAAUUUUUGUUCUAAUGCAUCUACAAAUAUU